UUUAUUUCCCAUAAAUGCUAUCUGUAGAACAGUUUACAGAACAAGUGAGAACUUUGACUCAGCAGUGCAUCUAAAGCUUCGAUCGAUUUAUGGAUGUAAGAUUAUUAUAACCAUAAUUAGGAAUCCUACGAUAGAGUCAAUGGAGCCAUUGACUCCAUUUACGAGUAAAUGUGUUUAAAGCCAGCACCUGAAUAGAAGAAGGACCAAAAUACAAGUACCGAACUUGUAAAAUUACCGGAUGCUCCGAAAGUGAAGAUAGAAAUGAUAAUCAAUAUCACUCCUGAUGAGACAAAAUCAUUGAGGUAAAAUUUAUUUAUUUAUAAUAGAUGUUUGUAAUAAUAGAAGGUGCAAGUAGUAGUACAGGAAGAGCAGGAGCUAUUUGAGAGAUAGGAAGAUUUAUGAAACUUACUUUGUUGGGUUAAAAUUAGACCAUUUACACUUUUGUUUGCUUAAUCGAAUUAUGGAUUUGAAUUAUCAACUCUAGGUGAAGUAUUUGUG